CGCGCAUCCCGCGGCGCCGCUGGAGCCCGCCGAUCCCCCGGCCCCGGCCCGGCUCCGCCGCAGCUCCCGGGCGGGCCGAGGGCCGGAGCUCGCAGGCCGUGCACCCGCGGAGGGGCCAGCGGCGAGGGGCAGCCGGGGCCGCGCGGCCGCGCCCUCCCAGCGCUGGGGACAGCAGGCGGAGCAGCCCGGGGGCGGCCCGGCUGCGCAAGGCCCGGGCGGGCGGCGGAGGAGCCCCGGGCGGAACCCCGCGGUCGGCCCGAUGUGGCGCAGGUCGGUGCCGAGCGCUGAGGAGGGAUUAGAAGAUGGUGCGUGAGGCUGCGCGUUGGCUCCCUGGGCGAAGGGGCCGUUCCGGGGCUCGGCCCGCCGCCUGCCCGAGAGGUGCGAGGGGUUAGGCCGGGAGGCGCAGCCAUGGAGGGCUCGGGCGAUGCCGCCCCGGCCGUGGCCGACUGGCGCCUGGCCGUGGGGACCCUGUGCUCCGUGCUGCUGCCCGUGCUCAUCACGGCGUGGUGCAGCUUCCAGCGGUCCCGGCGGCAGCUGCUGAUCCGCGACAUCUUCCGCAAGAGCAAACACGACUGGCACUACACGGACCUCUUCGGGCAGCCCUCGUACUGCUGCGUGUGCGCCCAGCACAUCCUGCGCGGCGCCUUCUGCGGCUGCUGCGGGCUGCGCGUCAGCGAGCGCUGCCUCAAGAAGGCGGACCAGCGCUUCCUCUGCAAGGAGAUCAUGAUGAGGGGCACGGCGGGAGCCCCCAGCUCCAUGCCCCACCACUGGAUCAGGGGCAAUGUCCCUCUCUGCAGCUGCUGCAUAGUCUGCAAACAGCAGUGCGGCACGCAGCCCAAGCUCUGCGACUACAGGUGUGUAUGGUGUCAGUACACUGUGCAUGAUGAAUGCAUGGUGGAUUGUUUGAGGACUGAGGAUUGUACAUUUGGAGAAUUCAAAGACUUAAUUAUUCCGCCCUACUACUUGUCUGCAAUCAACCAGAUGCGGAAAGAGAAAAGAAGCAGUUCUGAAAAGGUGGUCCCUUAUGACAGGAAACACUGGAUGCCAGUAAUGGUGCUGGCUAAUACACGCAGUGGAAACAACAUGGGUGAAACUUUACUAGGGGAAUUUAAAAUGCUGCUGAACCCUGUUCAGGUUUUUGACCUCAGCAAAAUUGGACCUGCUAAAGCUCUCCAGCUCUGCACUUGGCUGCCUUGCAACUCUGUCAGGGUUCUGGUCUGUGGUGGGGAUGGCACAGUGGGCUGGGUCUUGGAUGCAAUUGAUGAAAUGAAGAUAAAGGGGCAAGAACGAUAUAUUCCACAAGUUGCAGUUUUACCUCUGGGAACAGGGAAUGACCUGUCUAAUACACUGGGCUGGGGUGCAGGUUAUGCUGGAGAAGUCCCUGUAGAGCAGAUCUUACGAAAUGUCAUGGAGGCAGAUGGAGUCAAACUAGACAGAUGGAAGGUUCAAGUGACAAACAAAGGAUACUACAACUUAAGGAAACCAAAGGUAUUCACAAUGAACAACUACUUCUCUAUAGGACCUGAUGCUCUUAUGGCUUUAAAUUUCCAUGCUCAUCGUGAGAAAACUCCCUCUCUGUUUUCCAGCAGAAUAAUCAAUAAGGCUGUUUAUUUUUUUUAUGGAACCAAAGACUGCUUAGUACAAGAAUGUAAAGAUCUUAACAAAAAGAUUGAGCUAGAGUUGGAUGGUGAGAGGAUUGAGUUGCCCAAUUUGGAAGGCAUCAUUGUGCUGAACAUUGGAUACUGGGGAGGUGGCUGCAGGCUCUGGGAAGGAAUGGGGGAUGAGCCCUAUCCCUUGGCGAGACAUGAUGAUGGACUUCUGGAAGUUGUUGGUGUUCAUGGUUCUUUCCACUGUGCCCAGAUCCAGGUGAAACUGGCAAAUCCUGUUCGCCUGGGGCAGGCACACACAGUGAGGCUGAUCCUGAAGAGCUCCAAGAUGCCGAUGCAGGUGGAUGGGGAGCCCUGGGCACAGGGGCCCUGCACUGUCACCAUCACUCACAAGACCCAUGCUCUGAUGCUGUACCACUCUGGGGAGCAGACAGAUGAUGAUGAUGCCUCCAGCCUGUCAGAGUGACACCACAGGAGCUGGAUAAAGACCUGAAGAUUUUGUGGAUUUUCAGCGAGGAACUUCAGCUCAUUAAAGCACUGAUGUCUGAUCUAGAUUGAGGUUUAUGAACUAAGGUUCAUACUUGUGAAUGAAUUAGAGCUGAGGAAAAAGCCAUCUUUUGCACUCAUGGAAAUUUUCACAGCUGAAUUACCACAACUGUUUUGCUUUUGACUUGGUGGGGAUGCCCUCCAACCUUUCCAGCUGGAAUGUGUUCCUCUAAUGGCUGAAAAGGGACAGAUACUGUAACCCUUCCUUGCUGUGGAAUCAGGUCUUCUGCACAUACACAGUACAGUGUUUCAGAGAGAUGUUUCAUACCCUUGGAAGGGGAACAACUGGGGGUUUGACCUGCUUCCACCUGCCCCAGAGCAGUUCCAGAGCAGAAAACCAGACCAAGCAGAAUGUGGGUUGGUGUUCUGACAGCAGCCUUCUCCUGGCUGCCAUCUCUGCUUGGGAGCAAGAGCAGUAACUCUGUCACCUGCUUGUGCAAUGCAUUUCUAAUAAGCUUCACUGGGAGAGUAGAGGAUCUGGGAGCUCUGAGGAAGGUACUCAGCAAGAAAAUGGCUUUUGGACCAAAGGUUUCUGGAAAUGAUAUUUAGGAAAUGACCUUUUUCAGUGGCUUUGCAAGCCAAAGAGUACCCUGAGGUCUUGAGUCCCAACAUACAACUCAAAAUAAUUGUACCAUGACUUGCACUGAAUGAUCCUGUGACUUGACUUUGCUUCAGUUUGGUGAGAGACUAAUUCUAGUUAUUGUAAAUAGCAGCAUCAUAGUUCUUGGGGAGGUUUUUCAGAGAAAAACUUGGACAAAGGAGCAUCUUUUUUAGCUGUUUAGAGGAAAGGAUUUUAAAGAAAAAAUGAUGAUUGGCAAAUGUGGAGUAUUUUUAAAAGAUUUGUUAAAGAACUUGGCUCAUAAUUAUCUGAGAAUGAUUGAUAGUAAGUCAGUCUGUUAACUGAAUUUUAAAUGUGGGGGUUGAGAGCUAAGUGUGCAGAGGUGGCAUUACUGUGUAUAAUUUGGAAAAAAAAGCAUGGAAGUAUUUGUUUUCUGACUGGCUCUUAGGGGGUCAGAGAUACCUUGUUGGUUACCCUCAUUUCCCUUAUGGAUAUAAAUUGGGGAAAAAAUGAGUGGUUGAUGCUGAUAGUGGAGGUUCAGAACACCUGCAGCAGUACACAGGGACUGUCAGCUUGGCAUAUCUGAAGCUUCUCAGGUUAAAAGCUUCUCAGGUGAAAACAUCUUCAUGGUUAACAAAAGUAAAAGAUCUUAUUCCUGUUGUUUUUAUUGUAAGAAUUAUAAGCCUGCAGCAGGUGAGAACUGAGUUGAGGUUUAAAAUAUCUCACUGAGUAAAUUCAGUUUAGUUACUGAAGGUGCUCAUCCAAGUAGGAACAGAAUUUAUCCUGUGUAAGCCGAGAUCAUAAGAAGGUGAGAGCUUUGGUCUGAACUUUGAAUGUUGCUGCUUUUGUCAUCCCCCAUUUUUGAAUUUUUUUUUCUUUAUGCUGAUUGAAAAUGAGACCACUGGGUAAAGUAGGCUGUGUUUCUAGGUUUUUUUAAAUGAAACCAUUUUUCAAAAACCUGUAAAAUGAUGUUUGCAUUAACAGUGAACAAUCUAUUUAUAUUUUAAAAUAAUUUAUUGAAACUUGGCAAAGUCAGUAUUUUUAGAACUUUCAACUGUAUUCCUCUUUGCAAAGUAUUUUUAACUUGAUGGUGUUCCUUGUAGAAAAUGUAUGUACUAGAGCUUCAAUACUACUGAUUCUCAGUGAAUCUAUAGCAGUCUGAAAAUGUGAUUAGAGUGUAAUGAACUGUAAAGCAGAAGCCAUUUGUAAAUUCCAUAUUCAUUAGCCUUAUGCACCUCACUUUAUUUUAUUGUAUGUAAAUAUAGAUGAAAAAUAAUAGUAAAACAUAUGUAAAAAGUGUUUAAAAUACCCCAAGUGUACUAUGUUAGAUGAAUCCAUUACCUUUUUUUAAGUUAAAAACUUAAAUUUGUAUUAGCUUCAGAAAUCUACCAAUUAAGUUAUUAUUUUUUUAAUAACUUGUAACCAUCAGCAUCCUGAAAGUAUUUAAGUUCUAUGCUGUAGUCCUUAUGUAGCUGCUGUUUACAACUAAGGAGGAAUCUGUGGAAAAGCAGGGUAUGUGCUGUGAAAGGCAAUAUUUGAAAUCACACCACUUUAAAUUAUUCAUAAACUUUAAACUAUUCAUAAAGCAGUUUAGAGUUCUCUGAAGUUGAUCAGAUGAUAAUUCAAAUUGCUUUAUAGCCCAAGAACCUUCAACUGUUGAAAAACUUCACUCUUUUGACUCCUGACAUCUAGAAAAGAAAUAAUAGAUGCCUAGGUUGGAAGUCUCCCUGUGUUACCACGUGUGGCACAGUGGGGGCUGCUUGUGCUCCCUCUCACUGCACCUUGCCAGGAGUGCAAUCCAAGGUGUGAAAUCCUCUGGGAAAGGUAAAUCCAUCAUUCCUGCUGAAGAAACAAAAUAGCAUCUAACUGGGUGCUUGUUUGGGAAAGCCCCUGCUAAAUGGCCUUGUUUUUGGAGGUGAAGAAGUUUGUGUCUCACCAAUGGACUCUAAGUGGAAAUGUGGUUGUGGUGGCUAUGGGGAGGCCUCUUGUGAAAUUGUAUUUAUGGUUUAGAGAACAUUCUGUAAGAUUGAAUGUCCAUUGUGACUCUGUAGCUGUCAUAUGUGUGGCAAAAAAAGGUCUUGUAAAACAGCUCUGGAAUCUGUGGGAAGCCUUUCUAUUUCCAGCUGGUUUUUUAUUUCAAUGUAUCCUCUUCCCUGGUGUGUUGCAGGUUGGGUUAAAGCUUGUUUUGAAUGAUUUUGAUGGAGCUGUUUCCAGAGUUUGGCGUCAGCAAUGGGCUCCCAGAUUGUCUGGCAGCAGGAAAUGGACUUGGCUGAUUGGUAACAGAGCUGGAGCUGCCCAGUGCUGUGGUGUGCAGUGUGCAUUGUGAAUGUGAACUGCUCCAUGCUUUUUAAAUGUUGUAGGUGCAUAGAGCACCCUUUCAAACAGCUACUCCAUCCAGGGAGUUACUCCUUGUAGGCUGGAACCCUGGAAAUCCCCAGAGUAUAUUCUCUGUCUGGGAGAGGGGAUUCUGCAGCUGGAGCUUCUGUCCUGCACUGAAGAGUUUUCCUUUUUCCUGUAAAUCAUAAACAUUGGAAAAAUAGAGAAAAAAAUAUUUCAAAAAGUCAAAUAACAAAUUGUUUCUUCUGUCAGUCUUCAUAUAUGAUUGCUUUGUGUAAAAUGUACAGGGUAAACAAUAGCAUUGAUUGUCAAGCACUUAGAAGUGAGUUUAUAAAGUUUAUUUUUAAUUUGUAUUGCUGCAUCCAGUAGUUUAACUGAAGUUUGGUCAGAUUCUGAUAACUUUCUUUACUGUAGGUUCUCAGUCCUGUGACAGGCAAUACAAAAAACAUAAAUCUGCAUGGAGAGCCUU